AUGUCGUUACCGUCCAAGCUCCCGAAUGGUUGUGAUCCCAGUCCUGGUCCAAGUCCUCAGGUGUCUUCCCGCUCUGCUCCGUCCUUAUGGCGGCUGCUCGGCAACAAACACAAAAAAGAGCGCAGGUUGGCCAAACCGCCGCCGACACCCAAACGUGUCUUUAUCAACCACCUGGACUCCUACGCUGCCACAAACAUCGGCCAGUGUCUGUCCAAACACACGCUGGAAGUUGAUGCAAAGACGGAGACAGACGGGCAGAAAGUGAAAGAGACAGUAUCAAGUUACCCGAUGGUGGGCACCGUGUCCGAGGGUGCGGAGGAGGACCCGCCCUAUGUGCUGGAAGUAUACAAGGACCUGAGUGAGGAGGAGCUUGUUGACAAGGUGAUGGAGUGUGACAUCAUCAUCUACAACAUCACCCACAAUCCUCAGCAGAUCCCCCAGGCCAGCUACCUGCUGUCAGCCCUCCAUGACAAAAUAUCACUAUUUAGUAAACCAAAGAUGUUCAUCCUCAUCUCCACCGUCAUGACUUGGACCUGCAGUCAGCCAAUCACCUCUGACGACCUGGAGCUUCCUUUCACCGAUGAUGACUUUCGAAGAAGACAAGCACACCCAAACUUCCAGGAGCACCUGGAACUGGAAAAAAAAGUGGUUAAACUUGGCAAAAGUGACAGAAGAAUGUUUGCCACGUAUGUUGUGGCCUCCGGACUUCAGUACGGAAUGGGAGAGCAGGUCUUCCAUUUCUUCUUCAAGAUGUCCUGGCUGGGACAAGAAAAGACAAUCCCAGUCUUUGGAGACGGCACCAACAUUGUUCCCACUAUUCACAUUAAUGACCUUGCAAGUGUUAUUCAAAAGAUAAUUGAAGUUCAGCCCAAGCCGUACUACCUGCUGGCUGUGGACUGUUCCAACAACACCAUGGAGGACAUUGUUAAGGCCAUUGCUGUAGCACUUGGACCCGGGACCAUCCAGAAGAAGCCAUUUGAAGAGGCCUUCCUGGAGCAGGACUUGAGUCUCAUGGAAAUCGAUUUAAUGCACAUCAACCUUCUUAUGGAGGCCGCACAUCUCAAAGAACUGGUCCCCAUCCGCUGGUUAUGUGAGUCUGGUCUGGUGGAGAAUAUCGAGCUGGUAGUGGAAGAGUACCGACAGACCAGGGGACUGCUGCCCAUUCGGAUCUGCGUUCUGGGUCCUCCGGCAGUGGGGAAGAGCACUGUGUGUCAACAGAUCUGUGGUCACUACAAGCUCCAUCACAUCCGGCUGAGGAAGACCGUGGCAGAGACCAUCUCACACCUGGAGCAUACGGUGAGGAACAUGAAUUCAGAAGCAGAGAACGAGGAGUCCACAGCAGCCACAGAGACUCAGGAACUCCUGAAUAGUUUGAAGGACAAUAUGGAGCAGAAUGGAGGUAUGUUGGAUGACCACCUGUUGGUGAAGGUGAUGGUAGACAAGCUGAUGUCCAACCCCUGCAAGAACCAGGGAUAUGUUCUGGAUGGAUUUCCAAAGACAUAUGAACAAGCUAAAGAGCUUCUCCAUGUUGAGGAACCAGAGUCCGAGGACAAACCUUCAGUGGUUUCCUUGUACAACAAGAAGAUAAUACCAGAGUUUGUUGUGUGCCUGGACGCCUCAGAUGACUUCCUGAGGGACUUGGUGAUCAACCUCCCUGAGAAGUUGGUGCAGGAGCAUAAGUACGAGCAGGACAACUUCCUGAAGAACUUGAGCAAGUACAGGGAGAGCAACGUGGAGGAAGAAACUCUCCUGAAAUACUUAGAAGAGCUGGACAUCACCUGCUUCCUCAUUGAUGUGAGCAGUGGGGAAACACCCAUGGAUCAGAUCCGUGACAGGGUGGGCCGGCCCAGGAACUAUGACAGCAUGGAGGUGCAGGAGGAGGGCGGCGUGCAGGCGGACAGCCAAGAUGAAGAAGAAGAAGACGAAGACGACGAAGAAGAAGAAGAUGAAGAAGAACUGGGGAGGAAGGAGGCGGAGGAUGCAAGGAAGAGGUCUGAACGUUGGGAGAAGUGGUCCAAGAGCUUUGAGGAGAAGAGACAGUGGGAAGUGCAGCAGUUGGAAGUCCUGAGCGUCCCGAUGAAGAAGUACUUGAUGGACACCAACAUCAUGGCCACCAUCUCUCAGGGCUUGAUAGCCUGUGGUGCAGCGUGGCCGGAUGACCCGCUGGACUUCCUGGCUGAAUAUUUGAUGAAGAACUCCUGACAUGUUCUGGCUUCACGGUGAAGGUUCUGGACAAAUAUUGCUGAUUAAUGCUGUUUGCCACCUUGCACCAGGUGUACGUGGCUGGACCUCACCCUCUCACCACUUCAGCUGGACCUCACUCCCUCACUACUUUAGCUGGACCUCACCCUCUCACCACUUUAGCUGGACCUCACCCCCUCACCAAUUUAGCUGGACCUCACUCUCUCACCACUUCAGCUGGACCUCACUCCCUCACUACUUUAGCUGGACCUCACCCUCUCACCACUUUAGCUGGACCUCACUCUCUCACCACUUCAGCUGCACCUCACUCUCUCACCACUUUAGCUGGACCUCACUCUCUCACCACUUCAGCUGGACCUCACUCCCUCACCACUUUAGCUGGACCUCACCCUCUCACCACUUCAGCUGGACCUCACUCCCUCACUACUUUAGCUGGACCUCACUCCCUCACCACUUUAGCUGGACCUCACCCCCUCACUACUUUAGCUGGACCUCACCCUCUCACCACUUUAGCUGGACCUCACCCCCUCACCACUUCUGCUGGACCUCACCCCCUCACCACUUCUGCUGGACCUCACCCCCUCACCACUUCUGCUGGACCUCACCCCCUCACCACUUCUGCUGCACCUCACUCUCUCACCACUUUAGCUGGACCUCACUCUCUCACCACUUCAGCUGGACCUCACUCCCUCACCACUUUAGCUGGACCUCACCCUCUCACCACUUCAGCUGGACCUCACUCCCUCACUACUUUAGCUGGACCUCACUCCCUCACCACUUUAGCUGGACCUCACCCCCUCACUACUUUAGCUGGACCUCACCCUCUCACCACUUUAGCUGGACCUCACCCCCUCACCACUUCUGCUGGACCUCACCCCCUCACCACUUCUGCUGGACCUCACCCCCUCACCACUUCUGCUGGACCUCACCCCCUCACCACUUCUGCUGGACCUCACCUCCUCACCACUUCUGCUUGACCUCACCCCCUCACCACUUCUGCUGGACCUCACCCCCUCACCACUUCCGCUGGAUGCUCAUGCAGACAAGCAGGGUUAGUGUGAGGAAUGGAUAAGGCCAUGGGGUAAUUUUCAUUCCCUUUUUUAGACAAUAGUAAUGAUUUCAAGAAAACAAAUAUUAAAGUGAUGGCCUUAAGAAGGAAUAAUCAAUAA